AUGGAAUUGGUUAACCAUCCCUCCUUCUGUUUCCGACCAGAUAUAAACACAUUUGAUGAUUUAAACACCAACUUACCAGGAUAUUGCUGCUGUCCACAUCCAGACUGUGCCUCCAUCUAUCGGUCGGGAGUACAUCAGAGCGGCGUUUACUAUCUCCGACCGUAUGAUAACAAAGGAGGGUUUUGGGCGUAUUGUGACAUGCUGACUGACGGGGGCGGUUGGACGGUGUUCCAGAGACGCAAAGAUGGUUCCGUUGACUUCUUCCGUGACUGGGAGGCAUACAAAGAAGGAUUUGGAUACCCCAAUGGUGAACACUGGCUCGGCAACGAGUUCCUCCAUCGCUUGACGGGACAGAGGGUGUACGCUUUGAGAGUAGACUUGAGAGACGGUAACGGUACCGAAGCCUACUCCAAAUCCUCCCUCUUUAAAAUCAGCGAUGAGGCUGGGAAGUACACACUUACUCUGGGGGACUACUCGGGAACGGCCGGCGGUCCCUUGUCCGGUAACGGGGCCGCGUUCAGUACGAAGGACCGGGACAACGACGUUUAUACUCAAAACUGUGCUGCGAUCUUCAAAGGCGCUUGGUGGUACACAAAUUGCCAUGAUACCAACCUCAAUGGGCACUACUACAACGGCCCUCAUGACUCUUAUGCUGAUGGUGUGAAUUAUCGUACAUUUAGAGGAUACCACAACUCGCUUCCAUUCACUGAAAUGAAGAUACGCCCUGCUGAUUUUUGAAAUUAUCAUGUUAUGUACUGGAUACUUUCAUUACGAAAAAUUAAAUAAGCACUUGAGUAAUAAACCGAAACAGGUUCAAUUAGCUCAGUAUUGCGAAACAUCCUUAUUUUUAAUGAUAAAUAUCCAAUUAUGUUUUUUUUAAACCUGAUGUUGUCUUGUAUUAAUCUUUGCACUUCCCUCCAAAAAACCAUCCCCGGCCUUUCAGUUGAAUAUUAAUACUAUUAUAGCUAUAACAUUAAAGCUCCCAUCUAAGCCACAGUACAGUGCCAGUACACCGUGCAUCCACUUUUUUUUUUACUUCUACAGAAUCCCUAACGAUAAAAUAUCAAGCACGAUUCUGCUGCGAUUUUGUGGCCUUAUUUAGAAUUCAAAUCGGCUAAAACUGAGACUCUUCGA